AUGUCUGGUUCGGAUUAUACACCUAGAGAACGUGCAGUACUUGCUAGGGCUUUUCAGGUGGAAUACCAGAGCAGAACAUGCAUUAGAUUUGUACCUAAAACAGAAGCUGACGUAGAUUUUCUUUAUAUUGGGAAAAUAGACGGGUGUUAUUCUGAUGUGGGACGUGCCGGAGGAAGACAAGAAUUAUCUCUAGAUGAUGGAUGUCUCCAUUUGGAUACAGUAAUCCACGAACUUGUCCGUUUAAAAUUUAUUUUUUACACUUUUAUAUUAUGGGACGUUUCAGUGCCAAAUACAGUAGUCUUUCGAAGGAAGGAGAGACUUGAAAUUUCCUUAAAAGGCAAAUAG